AUGGGCACCAUGCGGCACCGAAGGAAUGGGAACUUUGAGAACUCCAGGCUCCUCUAUUCCAGCAUGUCUCGCAGCAUCGACGUGUCCUGCAGCGACGGCGACUUGGUCAACUUCAUCCAAGAAAACUUCAAGAAGAGAGAAUGUGUCUUUUUCACAAAAGACACCAAGUCAGUGGGUAAUUUAUGCAAAUGUGGAUACCCUGAAAAUCAACACAUUGAGGGCACUCAGAUUAAUACGAGUGAAAAGUGGAACUACAAGAAGCACACAAAGGAGCUCCCUACUGAUGCCUUUGGGGACAUCCAGUUUGAAAACUUGGGAAAAAGAGGAAAGUACCUCCGCCUGUCGUGCGACACGGACUCAGAAACUCUCUACGACCUGAUGACCCAACACUGGCACCUGAAGACCCCCAACCUGGUCAUCUCUGUCACCGGGGGCGCCAAGAACUUUGCCCUCAAGCCCCGCAUGCGCAAGAUCUUCAGCAGGCUGAUCUACAUUGCCCAGUCCAAAGGGGCCUGGAUUUUCACCGGGGGCACACACUGCGGGCUGAUGAAGUACAUUGGGGAGGUGGUCAGGGACAACACCAUCAGCCGCAGCUCGGAGGAGAACGUGGUGGCCAUUGGCAUCGCAGCCUGGGGCAUGAUCUCCAACCGGGAGCCCCUGGUCCGCGGCGCCGACAACGACGGGUACUACUUGGCCCACUACAUCAUGGAUGACCUCAAGAGAGACCCCCUCUAUUGCCUGGAUAACAACCACACCCAUCUCUUGCUGGUUGAUAAUGGCACCCAUGGACAGCCCACGAUCGAGGCAAAAGUACGAACUCAGUUAGAAAAGUACAUUUCAGAGCGAGUUAUCCCAGAAUCUAACUAUGGUGGGAAGAUUCCAAUUGUGUGUUUUGCUCAAGGUGGUUUUUUUUGGAAAGAGAUUUUGAAGUCUAUCAACGUGGCUAUUAAGAGUAAGAUUCCCUGUGUUGUGGUGGAAGGUUCUGGCCGGAUUGCUGAUGUUAUUGCCAGCCUGGUGGAGGCAGAAGGCACCCUGGCCUCUUCGUGUGUCAAGGAGAGCUUGCUCAGGUACCUGCCUCGCACCAUCUCCAGGCUCUCGGAGGAGGAGACUGAAAGCUGGAUCAAGUGGAUCAAAGAAGUCCUUGAGAACCCUCAUUUAUUGACAGUUAUCAAAAUAGAAGAAGCUGGAGAUGAAAUUGUGAGCAAUGCCAUUUCUUUUGCUCUGUACAAAGCUUUCAGCACCAACGAACACGACAGAGAUAACUGGAACGGGCAGCUGAAGCUGCUGCUGGAGUGGAACCAGUUGGACCUGGCCAGUGAUGAGAUCUUCACCAAUGACCGAAACUGGGAGUCUGCUGACCUGCAGGAUGUCAUGUUCACAGCCCUGGUGAAGGACAGGCCCAAGUUUGUCCGUCUCUUCCUGGAAAAUGGGUUGAAUCUGAGGAAGUUCCUCACCACAGAGGUUCUCAGAGAGCUGUACACGAAUAACUUCAGCAGCCUGGUGUUCAAGAACCUGCAGAUUGCAAAGAACUCCUACAAUGAUGCACUCCUCACCUUUGUCUGGAAGAUGGUCGAAGACUUCCGAAGGGGCCUCAAGAGAGAUGACAAAAAUAGCAAGGAUGAGAUGGAGAUACAUCUUCCAGAUGAGUGUCCUAUCACCAGGCAUCCACUGCAAGCUCUGUUUAUCUGGUCAGUUCUUCAGAACAAGAAGGAGUUGUCUAAAGUUAUUUGGGAGCAGACCAGAGGCUGCACGUUGGCAGCCCUGGGGGCCAGCAAGCUCCUGAAGAGCCUGGCCAAGGUGAAGAAUGAUAUCAAUGCUGCUGGUGAGUCUGAGGAACUGGCUAAUGAGUACGAGACAAGAGCAGUAGAGCUGUUCACCGAGUGCUACAGCAGCGACGAGGAGCUGGCAGAGCAGCUGCUGACCUAUUCCUGUGAAGCCUGGGGAGGGAGCAACUGUCUGGAGCUGGCAGUGGAAGCCAGAGACCAGCAGUUCAUUGCCCAGCCAGGGGUGCAGAACUUCCUUUCCAAGCAGUGGUAUGGAGAGAUUUCAAGAGAUACUAAGAACUGGAAGAUUAUACUGUGCCUGUUCUUUUUCCCUUUAAUAGGCUGUGGCUUCAUCUCAUUCAGGAAGAAGCCUGUGGAGAAGAGCAAGAAACUCUUGCUGUAUUACGUGUCGUUCUUCACCUCCCCCUUUGUGGUCUUCUCCUGGAAUGUCAUCUUCUACAUUGCCUUCCUGCUGCUCUUUGCCUACGUGCUGCUGAUGGAUUUCCAGAAGGAACCCACUGCCCUGGAGAUAUUCCUUUACGUCCUGGUCUUCAUUCUGCUUUGUGAUGAAGUGAGACAAUGGUACAUGAAUGGCAGUAAGUAUUUCUCAGACCUGUGGAAUGUUAUGGAUACACUAGCAAUCUUCUACUUCAUAGCAGGGAUUGUGUUCAGGCUUCACUCAUCUGAUGAAAGCUCUUGGUAUUCUGGGAGAGUCAUUUUCUGUUUGGACUACAUAGUUUUUACUCUGAGGCUGAUCCAUAUUUUCACAGUGAGCAGGAAUCUAGGACCUAAAAUUAUUAUGCUGCAGAGGAUGAUGAUAGAUGUCUUCUUCUUCCUCUUCCUCUUCGCUGUGUGGAUGGUGGCCUUUGGUGUGGCCAGACAGGGCAUCCUGAGGAAGAACGAGCACCGCUGGGAGUGGAUAUUUCGAUCCGUCAUCUACGAGCCCUACCUGGCCAUGUUUGGCCACUACCCUGAUGAUGUGGAUGGUACCACCUACAACUUCGACCGCUGCACCUUUUCUGGGAAUGAGUCCAAGCCCUUGUGUGUGGAGCUGGAUGCCAACAACCAGCCCCGCUUCCCGGAGUGGAUCACCAUUCCCCUGGUCUGCAUUUACAUGCUCUCCACUAACAUCCUCCUUGUGAACCUGCUUGUGGCCAUGUUUGGUUACACUGUGGGAUCAGUCCAGGAGAACAAUGACCAGGUGUGGAAGUUCCAACGUUUCUUCUUGGUCCAAGAGUAUUGCAGCCGCCUGACCAUCCCCUUCCCCUUCGUCAUCUUUGCCUACAUCUUCAUGGUGAUGAGGAAAUGCUUCAAAUGCUGCUGUAGGAAAGAAAGCAAAGAGCCAUCUAUUUGCUGCUCGAAAAAUGAGGACAAUGAAAUUCUGGCAUGGGAAGCUGUCAUGAAGGAAAAUUACCUUGUCAAAGUCAACACCAAGGCACAUGAUUCAUCAGAAGAGAUACUGCAUCGAUUCAGACAACUGGAUGCAAAGCUCUCUGAUUUGAAAGGCCUUCUGAAAGAGAUUUCCAGCAAAAUCAAAUGA